AUGGCCAAUUCAUUGUUGGCUGUUAUCAUCUCGUUCUCCUACCUCGUUGGCACAAUGGGGUUUCCGCGUGAGACAGCGAUUGAUGGACAAGGACAGCCGCUCAUCACGUCCGUCCAACCCCAAGCUCCCGCGGUCACUGAAGCUGCUGCGCUGCGCUGUUCUGAUGGGGCAACCAUUUUACAUACAACGGACUGUACCAUGGGAACCUCAACUUCUUACUGUUUUAAACCACAGCCUCCAAUCAAAUGCGAAGCAGGCUUUUUCCCCUCGGUUUGGCAUCCAGAUCACUGCAUGGAGCUGUCCACCUGUUUUCCAAUUGAUGCAGACUGGAUUAUAACCGAAUGCUCAAACGGCGCGUUUGCUUCAUCGACCAAAACACUUUACAAUGGCCACCUAGCUGGAGGAUACUCAACAGUGAUCAGAUCCAUUUCCUGCGCUUGUCCCUCAGAUCAAUGGUAUAGCAUGGCAGUUAUAGAUGGAGGGGUCGAAACAUUCUGCAUGCCAUACCAGUCUUGCCCACCUGGAAUGACGACUUCAAUUAGCACCAAUCAGUACUGUGCAACCGCUCCAGCGGGAGUUUGUGCUGAUAUUGCGACUGAGGUUUCUAAAUGUGAGUGUGCGGGUGCGCUCACUCCUAUUUAUCCAGAUGAACCUGGCGCGACUGCGAUAGGCUGCGAGUAG